UAGAUACAUGCACUAAAAACACGUUGAUGAAAACUGAACAGACUUUGUGAAAAAUGUCGAUAGAACUGAAGUCUGUCAAACAUACGGGGGAAAACAACCCUGGGUUCGUUACUGAAGACAACGAAGGAAAAUCCAAAGAUUUUGACCAUGAAGGAGAGCCAAACGGGAAGAACAGCUCUAUGAAGGAUAUCCCACUGGACAAUAGUGACGUUGUAUUAACGGUAGAAGAAGAUGACGAGGAAAUGGGCGCUUGCGCACAAGUAGUCUUCCUAGUUCAAACAGCAAUCUAUAAAUUCAUCAACGACAAUUGGCGCGAAAUCGUAUUUGUAUUCUACAUUUGCCUCAUUGCAGGAUACUUUAUUUAUUUUACAUUUGCCAUAGUCAGGACAUUUGAAGUUGACAGGGAGCCGUCCGUUCGUUUAUUAGUGUGCACGCUCUUUGGUGUCUUCAUAAUAAUGUGGUGGAUUUUUGCUAAAUUAUUUGGUACCCAAAUGGACAAUUUUUAUAAACAUCGAAUUAAGCCUCUUCUCAACUCUGAUGGCGGAAGGAUGCUUAGUAAAAUCGUGUCAUGGUCUUUGAAGAUUGUUGCCUUUAUUGCUAUAGUGGUGUAUGUCAUCAUAGAUAUUGCUAUUGAUCAUCCACAGAACCUUAUGUCUGUAGCCGGAUUAGCUUUGUACGUCAUCAUUUUCUACGCGUUCUCAGUAAAUCCUGCAAAAGUAAAGUGGCAUCCUGUGUUCUGGGGGAUCGCUCUGCAGUACAUCUUUGCCCUGAUAAUUCUGCGAUGGGAGUUUGGAUACAACGUGUUCAAAUACCUUGGAGAUCGCGUCACGGAAUUUUUAGCGUACUCUGAUGAGGGUGCCUUAUUUAUGUUUGGUUCACCUUUAGAAGUUCACUUUUUUGCUUUUAAGGUUUUACCCCUGAUAAUAUUUUUCUAUGCCAUUAUUUCUGUCCUGUAUUAUCUGGGAGUUAUGCAGGCAGUUGUAAGAGUUAUUGGACGUGCUCUGGCCUUUCUAAUGGGGACAACACCAGCAGAAUCCCUCAAUGCUGCAGGGAACAUCUUUGUAGGAAUGACAGAGUCUCCUUUGAUGAUCCAGCCUUUCCUGAAGGAUAUGACGAUGUCUGAGUUGCAUGCUGUCAUGGUGGGAGGAUUUGCAACAAUUGCUGGAAGUGUUCUGGGAGCUUAUAUCAGCUUUGGCAUUCCUGCCAAUCAUUUGAUGUCCGCCUCUGUGAUGUCUGCUCCAGCAGCCCUAGCAAUGUCCAAAUUAGUCUACCCAGAGGUGGAAAAGCCAAAGUCAUCAAAAAAAGAUUUCUAUAAAAUGGGAAAAUCUAAAGACAGAAACAUAAUCGAGGCAGCAGCAUCUGGCGCCAUUAAUUCUAUCAGAGUUGUGGCAGCCAUUGCAGUUAACGUCAUGGCAUUCCUCUCUAUCCUGAAGUUUAUUAACGUAACCUUAACCUGGUUUGGGGAACAGGUCGAAAUUGAGGGAUUUACUUUUGAUUUCAUUUGCUCUUACCUGUUUUACCCCAUUGCAUAUUUCAUGGGAACAACUCCCUCUGACUGCCGAUCACUAGGACGACUUAUUGGUCUGAAAACUUUCACUAACGAAUUUGUUGCAUACGACGAAUUAUCAAAAAUCAUUAAGAACAAAAACACCUUACAGAGUUACAUUAACACUAACCAUACAGACUGGUUCUGGAAAGGGGACGAUGUUAUUCUUCCACAAAUGAACAGCACAAUUCUUAAAUACGGCAUUUUGGAGACCAGAUCUGAGGUUGUAGCAACAUACGCUCUCUGUGGAUUCUCUAACUUUGGCUCUAUCGGGAUUCUUUUAGGAGGAUUAGGUGCUUUAGUUCCUUCUAGAAGAUCAGACUUAUCUAAGAUCGUUCUCAGUGCCAUGAUAGCUGGAAAUGUUGCCUGCUUUAUGACUGGAUGUGUAGCAGGUCUACUCUAUAAAGACUAUUAAGAUUAAGAUGAUCCAUUAGAAGCUGAGGAAACCAAGAUUUAUUUGCAACAUACUGAUAACAGAUAUGUGUAUUACUGUGAAAUCAGUUAUUUUCGUUGGGGGUUCAUUUUCGUUGUUUUCGAGGUACGAAGAGACCCACGAAAUUAAGUCCACCACGAAAUGUAAUUUUUCACAUAUAUUACUGCUCAACAAUUUUUUACUCAAGAACACAUUUUUUUCAGCGAGCCACAAAAAACCACAAAAAAUUUGACCCCACGAAAAUGUAUGAUUUUGUAGCAUCAUAUAAACGUAUGUGCCCUCCUUAUUGAAAUACGAGGUUUUCUUCAUAUGUAAUGCUGUCAAGAUUUAUGUACCUAUAAAUCUUUAAAACAUAUUACUAAGCAUGAACAUAUUUCAUUAAAUAUUUUAACUGGAGAGUGAUAUACACAAUGAGUUAAAAUGACCAUUAAAUUCCCUGGGUCGUUUUUUUACUAACUGAACAGUAAUCAACCUCAUAGUCCAUUUAGAUAUCAUAUUAACAUAUAUUCACAUAUUAUUCCAGACAUUUAUGAAUAAAAUCAGUGGAAACAUUUUUUACGAAGGUUAAAAAUAAAAUUAUUUUACGUUCAAGUUUUACGUUUCUUAAAUUUCAAAUUGUUUUCAUUUUUUUCAUAGAUUUAAGAUAACAUAUAUCUAACACCUGGAAAAAGUGUCAAAAUGUUACAAAUGUUGAUAAAUGACAGCAGUCAAGCUCAAAAGGCCAUUGGAACAAUACAAAUUGGGAAUGAUGCCUUUCUGGUAAACAUUUUAUUUUUGGAAGCCUGUUAUUAUGAUAUAGGCCCUCAAUGUCUGGUGUGCAUCUGUAUAUAACUCUUUCAAAUAAAUAUGAAAAUAAAUAUAAAUAUGUUGUCAGUCACAACAACAACCUAGUCUAAAGUCAGCAUUUGGUAAAUUCUACGGUCGUUAUAAUGACUUUGCAUGUUAGCAAAUACAGCCUAUCAUUGGGUCUUAUUUUGACUGACAUUAUGUUAUACCAAUUGUUAAGCCGUUUUUCUUAUACUAAAUUUAACUGCGGAUUACUCAAUCUUUCUGAUCAAUACAUAGGACUAAAGGCGGGUUUUACGGGUCGAACUAGGAAUACUUCCUCCUUCUUGGCACCUGAUCCAACCUGUUAAAUUUCUAGGGUCCGUUUUAUAUGCCCUGUUCACAAUUUGCAGCGGUUUUAGGUUUUAGAGAUCGAUCACUAUUCGUUACUUCACCUAUUUCAUCUGAAAAAUAAUAAAAUUUGUCAUUUCUAAUUCCAGUCUUCAUUUUUUUCUCAUUACACUUUAAAUUAAAAAUGAAAAUAGUUCUAUUUCAAAAUUUUUAGGGCUGAUAUGGCAUAUGAUAUGGAUUUCAGUAUGUAGUAUUCUAUUUAUCAUAUAUUUAAAAUACAUAAUAUGCAAGUUAACAUAAAGUCAUCGAAGAGUGUUUCGUGCAUGAUUAUGACCUUUUUCUUUAAAAUCUUAUAUAGCGCCAAUAUAAGGUCCUUGAAAACAAAUUAAGUCCACAUAUGUUAGUAAAGAAUUAUUUUACAUGUAUAUUUAAAUAAGAUCAAGUUAAUUAACGUUUAAACUUUAUACGAACGUUACUUCCGGUUUGAUAUGGAUUUUCGGACCGGUCCUUGAUAUGAGGUAUUGUGACGUCACCCGUAUCGCAGAGUGCAGAAUCGGUGUAUUUACUUCUAAGUAUAUGAUAAAU